AUGGCGGCUUCAGACUCAGAAAAAAGAUUUGCCCUCAUCAAGGAGAACCUCGCCGAGGUCUUGAACGAGGAGAUCAUUAAGAAAAUCCUCGAUGAGGGGCAACACCCAAAGAUCUACUGGGGCACGGCGACAACCGGGCGCCCGCAUUGCGGCUACUUCGUCCCCGCCAUCAAGAUCGCCCAGUUCCUCGCCGCCGGCUGCGAUGUGACCAUCCUUCUCGCCGACAUCCACGGGUUUCUUGACAAUCUGAAGGCGCCGCUCGAAUUGGUCAUGCACCGCGCCGAAUUCUACCGAAAAAUCAUCACCUCAAUGCUCCAGGCUGUCGGCGUGUCAACCGAGAAGCUGAGAGUUGUGCUGGGCAGCUCGUACCAGAAGAGCCCAGAGUAUGUCAUGGACGUGUACAAGAUGGCGUCUCUGGUUUCCGAGCAUGAUGCGAAGAAGGCCGGUGCCGAAGUGGUCAAGCAAACGGAUAAUGCUCCCCUGAGCGGUUUGCUUUACCCCAUUCUCCAGGUUCUCGAUGAGCAGUACUUGGAUUGCGACGCACAAUUUGGAGGCGAGUGUGGGAUGGAUCAACGCAAGUUGUUCACCGCUGCGAAGGAGUGGCUUCCAAAGCUUGGAUACAGAGAGAGGGCCCACUUGCUCAACCCGAUGGUCCCGGGGUUGCACGGCGGCAAGAUGAGCUCAAGUGACCCAGAUAGCAAGAUCGACCUGCUCGAUCCACCCGAGACCGUGGCCAAGAAGAUCAAGAAGGCCCAUGCUGCUCCUCAGCAAGUUGAGGAAAACGGGCUACUCGCCUUCAUCGAGUUCGUGCUCUUACCCGCUGCUCGCCUACGUGGGACUGGCGAGUUCCGCGUUGAACGUGAGCGGGAUGGGUUAGAAACACUCAUCUACACCGACAUCGAGAAGAUUCGGGAAGACUACAAGAAUGAUAUAUUAACACCGCAACUGAUCAAACCCGCUAUCGCUCGGGAACUAAAUGCGCUCUUGGCUCCCAUUCAGCAGGAAUUCCAGGCUUCCAAGGAGUGGCAAGAAAUUGCAGAAAAGGCUUACCCCCCGCCGCCGAAGAAAGAGAAGAAGGUCAAGAACAAGGGCACGCGCUACCCUGGGGCUCAAGAAAAGACGGCGGAAAACGACAAGGAGUUGCCCAUCCGUCCAAACGGAGAGACGCCUAAUUGA